UAGUGACACCAACCCCUCCCAGUCUCUCUCAUACCUCAGCAAGGGCCUCCAGAAACUACACACAUAAUGCCUCGCCUCAACGAGCCCCCUCCUCCGCCUCCCACCAAACUCGGCAUCCACAGACCUCUCGCUUCUCGCGCAGGUGUCCAUGUAGCUCCCAUCCAGCUCGGUGCCAUGAGCAUCGGCGACAAGUGGCAGGCAUUCGGCAUGGGGAGCAUGAACAAAGAGUCCAGCUUUAAACUGAUGGACGCGUAUUACGACGCCGGCGGCAACUUCAUUGAUACAUCGAACAACUACCAAGAUGAAUCCUCAGAAGAGUUUAUUGGCGAGUGGUUGGAGCAGCGCGGCAUCCGCGACCAGAUCGUGCUCGCCACCAAGUACACGACCGACUUCCGCCGCGGCAAAGGCGGCCAGCACAGUACCUUCGUCGGCAACAGUGUCAAGUCCAUGCAUGUUUCCGUCACUGCAUCCCUCAAGAAGCUCCGCACCGACUACAUCGACAUCUUCUACGUCCAUUGGUGGGACUAUGCCACGUCCGUGGAGGAGGUCAUGGAUGGCCUACACACGCUCAUCCAACAGGGCAAGGUCCUGUACCUUGGUGUCUCCGACACACCUGCAUGGGUCGUCGCGCAAGCGAACACAUACGCGCGGUGCAUGGGUAAGACACCGUUCACGAUCUACCAGGGCAAGUGGAGCAUCAUGGACCGCGACCUCGAGCGGGACAUCCUGCCGAUGUGCGUUUCACAAGGCAUGGCCAUCGCGCCGUGGAGCGUCCUCGGCGCCGGGAAAAUCCGCACGGACGCCGAGGAGCAGCGUCGCCUCGAGUCCGGCGAGCAGGGCCGCCAGCUGUUUGACGACUGGAAGCGCACGCCGGAGCAGCGCCGGGUCUGCCUCGAGCUCGAGGAGGUCGCGAAGGAGGUCGGGGCGAAGAACAUCACGUCGGUCGCGAUCGCGUGGAUCAUGCAGAAGGCGCCGUACGUCUUCCCCGUCAUCGGUGGACGCAAGGUCGAGCAGCUGCACGACAACCUCGAGGCGCUGUCGCUCUGCCUGAGCGACGAGCAAAUCGCGCGUCUGGACAACGUCGUGCCUUUCAACAAGGGGUUCCCGUACGCCGACUUCGGAGAUGGGACAGGCUUCAACUUCUUGCACGUGAUUGCUGGACACUUCCAGCGGUGGCCAAGGGCCGGUCCUAUCAGGCCCGAGCCUUCGAAAUAGCAGACGCGAAUUUUGCAUGUCUCGACACGACGCUGUACUCUCUGCAAGUCUCAGAUAUACCGUUUUAGCUAUGGUUCGCGCUGAACUUACCUGCGUGCGAUGGUCAACUGCGUCGUGAAGUGAAGUGCUCUCGCAUAGCAUAUAUAGUGCUUCGUUAUGAUACUUCAACUAUCUGCCUAAGCAUCGAUAUCAUGAGAGUUCAAAGCUUUG